AAACAAAAUCUUAAACAAAUCAGUAAUCACCCAUCAUUUUCAAGUAACAAAAGAUGACUUAGCCAAUUUAGCAAUUGUUUCAUUAAAAAACACCCAAUUUUCUCGACUGGCAUCUUCGCAUCUGUAACGAGUAUAACUAACAUUUGGAUACCCAGAUUCCCCCCUCAAAUUUCAAUUCUCUCUCUCUCUUUUCCUACUUCUUUCCUCUCUCUUUAUUAAUAGCGCUCCCAAAUUCGUUUUUCCCUUCUAAUCUAAGUAGUUUCUUCCAUCACCUAACUCUUUCACCCAUCUUUUCUCCUUCAACUUAAAACCCCUGCUUUCUUGGAUUUCAUUCUCAGCUCCCCAUUUUCUCUCUCCUCUAAUUUCUUGCUAUCAAUUUUUUCCAGUAAAAUAGUUUCUGGGUAUCUUUUGUUUCUGUGAUUCAGAAAUUGGGUACAUUUUAUUUCAGUGAAAAAAUCAAAGGAAGAUGAGUAAUUCGAGUGUUCAAUCUUCAUCAAGUUGUAACAAACAAGGGAAAGGGAAAAGAUUAUGGAAGAAAGUGAAGUAUCAAUUAGUGGAAUAUCAUUCUUUGCCAGGUUAUUUAAGAGAUAAUGAGUAUAUUAAGGAUCAUUACAGAGCUAAUUGGCCGUUAAAGCAAGCUUUUUUCAGCAUCUUUUCUCUUCAUAAUGAGACUCUCAAUGUCUGGACACAUUUGAUUGGAUUCUUCUUUUUUCUUUGCUUGACAAUAUACACUGCGAAGAAAGUUCCAAAUGUUGUCGAUCUCCAUUCUAUUCAACAUCUACCUGAUGUAUUCAGAAGAGCGGAUUUGCACAAGAUGCAUGCAGAUCUACUGACCAGCCUGCCUUCAUUACCAGACAUGUCUGAUAUUCAUAAAAUUUGUGAAGAACUUAAAACAUCACUGCCAACAAAGAAUAUGCUCCACUCAUCUGGUUGGCACGUUUUGGAGCUUCUUUCAAACUGUUUACCAGAGUGCUUUUCUAGUGGAAAUCACACUGAUGCUUGUGUUCUGCGUACCAUGACAGGUGACUUAGCAAAUGUAAUAGCACCUGUAACAAGGAGACCAAUAACUCGUUGGCCAUUCUUCGCCUACUUAGGCGGAGCCAUGUUCUGCUUGCUAGCUAGCAGCAUAUGUCACCUCUUUUACUGCCACUCUGAGCGCUUAGCAUACAUCAUGCUCAGAGUAGACUAUGCUGGGAUUGCAGCCCUCAUCUCAACCUCUUUUUACCCUCUGGUCUAUUAUUCCUUCAUGUGCUACCCCUUCUUCUGCAACCUUUACAUUGGUUUCAUCACUGUUUUGGCAGUCAUGACGGUUCUGUUUUCUCUUCUCCCCGCCUUCCAGAAACCAGAGUUACGAACCAUACGAGCUGUUCUGUUCUCUAGUAUGGCCUUAUCCGGGAUACUACCAAUUCUGCACAAAAACAUUUUGUACUGGAAUAAACCUGCUGCAGUCUAUACUACUGGCUAUGAGCUCUUAAUGGGGUUGUUUUAUGGCCUUGGAGCUCUGGUUUAUGCGACUAGGAUUCCUGAGCGGUGGAUGCCUGGGAAGUUCGACAUUGCAGGACAUAGCCACCAAUUGUUUCACAUACUAGUUGUUGCUGGGGCGUAUAGUCAUUAUCGUGCAGGGUUGGUGUAUCUCCAAUGGAGAGACUUGGAAGGUUGUUAGAUGAAAAUUGAAGGAGCAUUUUACGGAUUACAGAUAUUCUUGACCGUGUUUAGUGAGUUAAGGGAAGAUAGUAGAUAUUGGUUAUUACUUCUCAGCUUCAUGGAUUGCGUAUGUUAUGCGUAGAUGCAUCUGCCUAUUUGUUGUUGCAUUUGUGAGUUGGUGACAUAGGUUGAGAGAUUUCAUUCUAUAUCCGAGUAACAUAGCUCUAAUGUGCAUCAUAUUGUAUUGGUAAUCUUCUGUGUUGCAUAUGUAUAUGCCUAAGGACAUUGAGGAAGACGAUGAUUAUUUCAAUUGUUACAUGAAUUAUAAUGUGGAUCAAUAGUUUAUAUGUUAUUUCUCGUUC